CAGCUUCCGCGCACAGACGACCAUGCCUGAAGCGGAGGAAAUUUCCACGCUCUCCCCCGAGUUGCAGCGCCUGGCCCGGGAGGAGCUGAACGAGGACCCGAAGCGGCGGGAGAAGGACAUCCAGGCCGUGCGGGAGUGGCUCGUGAAGCAGCCCCACCUCAACGCUCGCACUGACCGACAGCUGAUUCUGCGGUACCUCCGAGGAUGCAAGUUCUCCCUCGAGCGGACGAAAGCCAAGCUGGACAUGUACUACACUUGCAAGGGCGCCCUCCCGGACAUGUUCAAGGGAAGGGAUCCUCAGAACCCGAAACUCAGGAGCAUCAUCAAGCUAGGGCUGAUGUUCCCGCUGCCCGGCUACGACUCGGACGGCCGGAAGGUGAUCUUCGGGCGGCUGGGCGCGUGGGAUCCCUCCAAACACAAGCCCGAGGACCUCUUCAAGGCGGCCGGCAUGCUCUUCGACGUGAUGUUCCUCGAGGACGAGCAGAUGACGGUCACGGGCAUCGUCCAGGCCAAUGACAUGACGGGCCUGACGCUCAAACACGUGGCCGCACUUCCGCUGCCUCUCAUCAAGCGCGUCUCGACCACCUGGCAGGAAGGUUACCCGUUCCGACCCAAGGGCGUUCACUACAUCAACACUCCACAGGCCUUCGAUGCUUUGUUCAACCUCUUUAAGCCUCUUGAUGCGGAGAAAAUGAAGAAGAACACUCCGCCUUUGCAGAUCCACAUGCACGGCAGCAACAUUGACGGAAUGUGCAAGUUCUUCCCCCGUGAGAUGCUGCCGUCGGAAUAUGGGGUCGGGGGAACCGUUAAGGAAAUUGCAGACCAGUGGCUGCGGAAGAUGGACGAGCACCGCGACUGGUUCCUGGAGGACGAGAAGCACACGGCGGACGAGUCGAGACGCCCCGGCAAGCCCAAGACGACGGCGGAUCUCUUCGGCACCGAGGGCUCCUUCAGGAAACUCGACUUCGACUGAAAUCCUCAUCGUCUCUUUUCUUCCUCCAGUUUAUUUAUUGUAAUCUCUCCAUGCAGAGCGUUGUCCCGUGUGCGUGUGUGUAUAGUUUGUAUGUACGUAGAUGUGGGUAAAUGUGUAUAAAUGUGGGCAAAUGUGUAAUGUGUAUGUGUUUAUGCAUUUGUGUAUAAGUAUGUACAUACGCAUGAGUUCCUACGAGUGUGUAUAGACGUCUGUAAGGGCUGGAGUCGAGAGGGAAGUGGAGAAUGAGAGGGAAGUGAGAUGGGUGAGAAGGGGGGAGA